AUGAAGCUGUUCGCGUGCUUGAUAUUGUGUUUCACGCUGGUUCUUGCCGAUCCCGGUGUUAUUGGACUGCAGGAUGCACGAAAGGUGCGUGCUCCUGCGAGUGGACCAACGAGUUACAAUACCAUCGCUCCGCCGGACAGUGAAGCGUUAAGCAAACUGCAAAAUCAAGUGGCACCGACAGUUCAAAUUCCAAGCAAAUCACCAAGCACCACGGUAAAGGUACCGGAAGUGGCCUCACCAUUCCACACGGUCGCACCACCGAGUGCAUUGCCGUCACCGUAUCUGCGUCAACCGGCACCCGCGAUCGCUCCUGUUUCGGCCCAGGGUCAAUACUAUCUGGCCAUGGUUCCACAGCCUGCAGGCAAUCAUAUGCUGCAGCCUGCAACGACGCCUCUGAUCAUGCAGUACAUCAACCCUCAGGGACAACCAACCGGUGGUCUGCAAUACAUUCAGCUACUACGUCCGGCAGUGUACCCGUACGCGGUAAACCAGCAAUAUCAAGCUGCGUACCAACAGUAUCCGGGUUAUCUUCAGCAAUCUCCCGCAACACUUAGCAACGCGGCGCAUGGUCCAGUCCCUCCGACACCGUACAAUGUGUCUCCCACUCCUCCACCGACUACUUCCACCACACAGGCAGGAUUUCUACCAUUCCAACCGGCCACUCAAUAUGCUCCUGUAAGUCACGUACAGCAUCCACAACAACCUCCAGCGUACAGCAGUGGACCGGUUGGACAAUAUUCUAGCCCAGUGUUAUCGUACUACCCGCAUCGGUUUCUUAUCAACCCGUCGGAAUUGAAUUUCAACACGAACGAAUAUGUGCCAUCGCCCGGUGAUGGUGUGUACAUUAAGGGCGUAAAGAGUAUCCGGGCUUAA